AUGCCAUUAACCAACGUUGUGUACUGUGGUGUCUGUGGUUACCCAACCGAAUAUUGUGAGUUUUCUGGUAAGUUUAAGCGUUGUAAGGCUUGGUUAGAGGAAAACCACCCAGAUUUGUAUGCCAAAUGGUACGGAGAUGAUACCGAAGAAGUUGCCAAACAACUAGCCGAAUCCUCAAUUGGAGGUGAAAGAGAAGAAAAGCUUGAAAAGGCACUAGAAAAGCUGGAGAGGAAGCAACAAGCAAGGGAAGAGAGAGAACUAGCCAAGAAAUUAUCAUCUAAGGUUAUUAUCAAGAGGGAAGCAAGAACCAAGCGUAAGUGCAUGAUCGCUAUCUCCGGUCUUGAAGUCUUUGAAAUUGACAUGAAGAAACUCUCAAAGACAUUUGCAUCCAAGUUUGCUACCGGUUGUUCUAUCUCCAAGAACGCGGAAAAGAAGGAAGAAGUUAUUGUCCAAGGUGAUCUAGCAGACGAAGUGGAAGCAUAUAUCCACUCGUUGUUAGAAGAGAAGGGAAUGAAAGAAGUCAAAGUGGAGGUUAUUGAUGCUGCAAAGAAAAAGAAGAAACCAGAAACAACUGGCACUCCAGGCAGUGACACCAAGAAAUAA